CAAAAAUGUACCAGAAAAGAACUUUAAAUGGGAUUCCUUGUAAGAUGAAUAGGGUGAAUCAUCAAUUUGAGAACAUUGCAAUGAGUGUCUUCACUGGGUCAAAUAAAAACCUAGCCUUGAAGGAACGAGAGAAGGAGAAGCAGGCGGUCGGAUAUGGGCUUAUUCAACCUAAUUUGGCUUUUUAGGGCAUUAGAAGCUAAAAGUACUUAUAUUCCAGUGGAUGAUGUGCAUUAUAAUAGAAGAGCUAUUGAAGGAGUUGCUGAAGCUGAAAUUAAAAGACUUAUCCACAGUGAUUUAAACAAUGGUGGCUUAGAAGUAUUCGAAGAUGAAAAAUUAAUAUAAAGCAAGCUAGUACACCUGUAGUCAGGCAAAAUAGCCUCAAAAGGAUCAAUUUCCACAACCUUGGAAUCCCUAAAUUAAAUCUUGGAUCCCGUAGACCUUCCCAAUCAAGCUACACAACCUUGAAGAUCAAUAUGGAGAAAUAGGAAGAACAAGAAGGCUGAGAAAGUUGAGAAGGAAGUUAAAUAAAAUCGUUGAUAAAUAAAACAACUGAUCUUCUUAACAAAUCCUCUAAGAAGAAGUUUACUAAACGUUUAGAGAAUCCAAAUUCAUCAAGAUUGGGUAAGCCCAAUAGUAGCCUGGCUUUAGAAAUAUCAAAUUUUAAGAAUAAGAGCAUGAUUGAAGAGGAAAUUAGGAAAGCUCUUCUUGAACUUGAGGAACCUGAGGAGGUAACACCUAAGACAACCCACAAUAAGCAUUCAAACUGCACCUGCUGAAACAACGUGGAGCUUCAGAUGCUGAAAAGAAGGACAAAAAUGAAAUAGGUUCAACCGCAUGCGUAUCAAACCUAAAGGAGAGCUUUCUGCGAGGCAAUAUGCGCUUAACGAGCUUUUUCAUAAAAUUAUGACUAUGAAAUCCAUCCAGACAAUCAGGAACAAAGAUAUGAUCAAUGACACAGUCAAGAAGUUAGCAGGAGAGAUCCAGUAUGAAAAUACCACAGAUUUCGCUAGUAUUCUCAGGAUGGAAGAACAAGAAAUGCUCGAGAACAAAACAAGGGCUAGAUCUGUUAACAUCUCUGAUGUUCUAUACAAAUUCCAGCAGCCUGAGAAGCUCUUUCGCAGAAGACUAGCCCUCAGUAUUGACCCUAAAGACACUAAGGAUGAAUACCUCAAAGAUGAGGAUAAGUCUUACCUAUCUGUUAAGUAUACCAAGAAAAAUCAGUAUAUUAAGAACACACGUGAGGAGAUGUCCUGUUCUAGCUUUAAGGACCAAGAACUGCCAAAAAUCCUGAAAGUUCCCAAAUCUUCUGAAAAUGUGAAGAACUUGGGCAAACUAAAUUCCAUUAUAAAAUAAGUGUUCAAGCUUGUUAAAGAAGAAAGCGAAAUUAAAGCUGAGGAACAUGGUAGACCAAGCUGAAAAUUAUGCUCGUACCCAAGAAUAUGAGUUACAUAAAAGGAUCCGUACUGUCAGAGCAGUGAAUAAAGAACUUGAUCACUUGCAACCACUGGCUCCAAAGGAGCAUAGCAGUUCAAAGUAGAUCUGGAAAUAGCUGAUUACAUUUUCUAUUAGAAAUAAAA